AUGCUAGCGUCCCCCGGCGGGGGUCGAGGCGGCCACCUCGCCACCUGCACGCCUUGGCUUCCCCUGCGGAGUGCUGCCGCCCGCGGGCAGUGGCAAGCUGGCGACCGAGAGUCGCGGGUCUGCGGCUGGUCGGCGGGCAGGCGGCAACCGGCCCGCAGGUGCUGUGCGCCCUUGACCGCGGUGCGCCCGAGAUAUGGCCGCGUGGAAAGUGUCAAAAUUCUCCCUAAGAGGGGAUCUGAAGGAGGAGUGGCUGCCUUUGUGGAUUUUGUGGACAUCAAAAGUGCACAGAAAGCUCACAACUCUGUCAACAAAAUGGGAGAUAGAGACCUACGCACGGAUUAUAAUGAACCAGGCACCAUUCCGAGUGCUGCUCGGGGUUUGGAUGAUACAGUUUCCAUAGCAUCUCGUAGUAGAGAGGUUUCUGGGUUCAGAGGAGGUGGUGGAGGGCCUGCUUAUGGCCCUCCACCAUCACUUCAUGCACGAGAAGGACGUUAUGAGCGGAGACUUGAUGGGGCUUCAGAUAACAGGGAGCGUGCUUAUGAACAUAGUGCCUAUGGACACCAUGAACGGGGGACAGGAGCAUUUGAUCGGACAAGACAUUAUGAUCAGGAUUACUAUAGAGAUCCUCGAGAGCGGACUUUACAACAUGGGCUCUAUUAUACUUCUCGGAGUCGAAGUCCAAACCGCUUUGAUGCUCAUGACCCCCGAUACGAACCUAGGGCUCGGGAGCAGUUUACACUGCCCAGUGUGGUACACAGGGAUAUCUACAGGGAUGAUAUUACCCGGGAGGUACGAGGCAGAAGGCCAGAGCGGAAUUACCAGCACAGCAGGAGUCGCUCUCCACAUUCGUCCCAGUCUAGGAAUCAGUCUCCUCAGAGACUGGCUAGCCAAGCGUCUAGACCCACCAGGUCCCCUAGCGGCAGCGGCUCUAGGAGCAGAUCCUCCAGUAGUGAUUCAAUCAGCAGCAGCAGUAGUACCAGCAGUGACAGCAGUGAUUCCAGCAGCAGUUCAAGUGAUGACUCUCCAGCCCGAUCAGUUCAAUCUGCAGCUGUCCCAGCACCCACUUCCCAGUUGCUUUCAUCUCUGGAAAAAGAUGAACCCCGUAAAAGUUUUGGGAUCAAGGUUCAGAAUCUUCCAGUACGCUCUACAGAUACAAGCCUUAAAGAUGGCCUUUUCCAUGAAUUUAAGAAAUUUGGCAAGGUGACCUCAGUGCAGAUACAUGGAGCUUCUGAAGAGAGGUAUGGUCUGGUAUUCUUUCGGCAGCAAGAGGACCAAGAAAAAGCAUUGACUGCAUCUAAAGGGAAACUGUUCUUUGGCAUGCAGAUUGAAGUGACAGCGUGGAUAGGGCCAGAAACAGAAAGUGAAAAUGAAUUUCGCCCCUUGGAUGAAAGGAUAGAUGAAUUUCACCCCAAAGCAACAAGAACUCUCUUUAUUGGCAACCUUGAAAAAACCACUACUUAUCAUGACCUUCGAAAUAUUUUCCAGCGCUUUGGAGAAAUUGUGGAUAUUGAUAUCAAGAAAGUAAAUGGAGUUCCUCAAUAUGCCUUCUUGCAAUACUGUGACAUUGCCAGUGUUUGUAAAGCUAUUAAGAAGAUGGAUGGGGAGUACCUUGGAAAUAAUCGCCUCAAGCUGGGUUUUGGAAAGAGCAUGCCUACAAACUGCGUGUGGUUGGAUGGGCUUUCUUCAAAUGUGUCGGAUCAAUAUUUAACAAGACAUUUCUGCCGAUAUGGGCCUGUGGUGAAGGUGGUGUUUGACCGUUUGAAAGGCAUGGCCCUAGUUCUUUACAACGAGAUUGAAUAUGCACAAGCAGCUGUAAAAGAGACCAAGGGGAGGAAACUCGGUGGGAAUAAAAUUAAGGUGGAUUUUGCAAAUCGAGAAAGUCAGCUGGCAUUUUAUCACUGCAUGGAAAAAUCUGGUCAGGAUAUCAGAGACUUUUAUGAGAUGUUAACAGAAAGGAGAGAAGAACGAAGGGGAUCCUAUGACUAUAACCAAGAUCGGACAUACUACGAGAGUGUUCGCACUCCAGGCACAUAUCCCGAGGACUCCAGGCGGGACUACCCAGCUCGAGGAAGAGAAUUCUACUCAGAAUGGGAGACAUACCAGGGGGACUACUAUGAGUCACGCUAUUAUGACGAUCCUCGGGAAUACAGGGAUUACAGGAAUGAUCCUUAUGACCAGGAUAUUCGGGAAUACAGUUACAGGCAAAGGGAACGGGAGAGAGAACGCGAAAGAUUUGAGUCUGAGCGGGACAGAGACCAUGAGAGGAGGCCCAUAGAGCGGAGCCAGAGUCCAGUGCACUUGCGACGGCCUCAGAGCCCUGGUGCGUCGCCCUCACAGGCAGAGAGGCUGCCCAGUGAUUCUGAGAGGAGACUCUACAGCCGGUCCUCAGACCGGAGUGGCAGCUGCAGCUCCCUCUCCCCACCACGGUACGAUAAAGUGGACAAGUGUCGUCUGGAGCGCUAUGCCAAAAAUGAAAAGACAGAUAAAGAGCGGACUUUUGACCCUGAGAGAGUGGACAGAGAGAGGCGCUUAAUACGGAAGGAAAAAGUGGAAAAGGACAAAACCGACAAGCAGAAACGAAAAGGAAAAGUCCAUUCCCCUAGUUCUCAGUCUUCAGAAACAGACCAAGAAAAUGAGCGAGAACAGAGCCCCGAAAAACCAAGGAGUUCCAAUAAACUGAGCAGAGAAAAGGCCGACAAAGAUGGGAUAGCAAAGAACCGCCUGGAUCUCAUGCCCUGCGUGGUCCUGACUCGAGUGAAAGAGAAGGAGGGCAAGGUCAUCGACCACACUCCCCUGGAGAAGCCCAAGACCAGGCUGGAUAACGACGCUGGCAAGUCUUCUGCUUUAGACCAGAAACUUCAGGCCUCUCAGACGGAGCCUGCAAAAUCCGACCUGUCUAAACUGGAACCUGCCAGAGUGAAAGUGCCAAAGGAAAAGGUGCUUUUGAGUCACACUGAGGUGGUAGAUAAGGAAGGCAGGCCUAGACCUCGGAAGCACCUCAAGUCUGAGCAGACUGCUGAUGGCGUGAGUGCUGCGGAGCUGGAGAAGCUGGAAGCCAGGAAAAGGCGCUUUGCAGAUUCUAGUUUGAAAGCAGAAAGGCAAAAAACAGAAGUCAAGAAAAGCAGUCCUGAGAUGGAAGAUGCUCGGGUGCUUUUAAAAAAGCAGUCUGACGUAUCAUCUAGAGACGUCCUUCUGAUGAGGGAGGGAGAAACUGAAAGAAAGCCUGUGAGAAAAGAGAUUCUUAAAAGAGAAUCUAAAAAAAUCAAGCUGGACAGACUUAAUACUGUUCCCAGCCCCAAAGACUGUCAAGAGCUUGCCAGUAUUUCUGUGGCGUCUGGCUCAAGGCCCAGCUCAGACCUACAAACAAGACUGGGAGAACCAGUAGGUGAAUCUGUGGAAAAUCAAGAGAUCCAGUCAAAGAAGCCCACCCCGUCAAAACCACAGCUCAAACAGCUGCAGCUCUUGGAUGAUCAAGGACCAGAGCGAGAGGAUGUCAGGAAAAACUACUGCAGUCUUCGUGAUGAAACACCUGAGCGGAGAUCAGGCCAGGAGAAGCCACAUCCAGUUAAUCCUGAAGAAAAAAUUGGCAUUGACAUUGAUCACACACAGAGCUACCGAAAACAAAUGGAGCAGAGUCGUAGAAAACAGCAGAUGGAAAUGGAAAUAGCCAAGUCUGAGAAAUUUGGCAGUCCAAAGAAAGAUGUAGAUGAAUAUGAAAGACGCAGCCUUGUUCAUGAGGUAGGCAAACCUCCUCAGGAUGUCACUGAUGAUUCUCCUCCCAGCAAAAAGAAAAGGAUGGAUCAUGUUGAUUUUGAUAUUUGCACCAAGAGAGAGCGGAAUUACAGGAGUUCACGCCAAAUCAGUGAGGAUUCCGAAAGAACAGGCUGUUCUCCCAGUGUUCGCCAUGGUUCCUUCCAUGAGGAUGAUGAUCCCCUAGGCUCUCCUAGGCUAAUGUCAGGAAAAGGGUCUCCUAAAGUAGAUGAAAAAAGCCUCCCUUAUUCUAAUAUAACAGUGAGAGAGGAGUCCUUAAAAUUUAAUCCUUAUGAUUCUAGCAGGAGAGAACAGAUGGCAGAUAUGGCCAAACUAAAACUAUCUGUCUUGAAUUCUGAAGAUGAACUGAACCGUUGGGACUCUCAAAUGAAACAAGAUGCCAGCAGAUUUGAUGUGAGCUUCCCAAAUAGCAUAAUUAAAAGAGACAGCCUGCGAAAGAGGUCUGUGCGAGAUUUGGAACCUGGCGAGGUGCCUUCUGAUUCUGAUGAAGAUGGUGAACACAAGUCCCACUCCCCUAGAGCCUCAGCACUCUAUGAAGGUUCCCGAUUGUCUUUUUUAUUGAGGGACAGAGAAGACAAACUACGUGAGCGGGAUGAAAGACUCUCUAGUUCUUUAGAAAGGAACAAAUUCUAUUCUUUUGCGUUGGAUAAGACAAUCACACCAGACACUAAAGCUUUGCUUGAAAGAGCUAAAUCCCUCUCUUCAUCCCGAGAAGAAAAUUGGUCCUUUCUGGAUUGGGACUCCCGAUUUGCUAACUUUCGAAACAACAAAGAUAAAGAAAAGGUUGACUCUGCUCCAAGGCCUAUUCCGUCCUGGUACUUGAAAAAGAAGAAGAUCAGGACUGAUUCAGAAGGGAAAAUGGAUGAUAAAAAAGAUGAUCAUAAAGAAGAGGAGCAGGAGAGGCAAGAAUUAUUUGCCUCUCGUUUUUUACACAGCUCAAUCUUUGAACAAGAUUCCAAGCGACUGCAGCAUCUAGAGAGGAAAGAUGAAGAGUCUGACUUCAUCUCUGGCAGGUUAUACGGGAGGCAGGCAUCAGACGGCACGAACAGCACCAGUGACUCGGUGCAGGAGCCUGUGGUUCUGUUCCACAGCAAAUUCAUGGAGCUUACACGAAUGCAACAGAAAGAAAAAGAAAAAGACCAAAAACCCAAAGAGAUUGAGAAACAGGAAGAAGCAGAGAAUCAACCCAAGACCCCAGAAUCUGCUUCUGAGAGUAAAGAGCCAGAACUGAGGACUCCAUGUGCACCAGGGCUCCCUGGUGUCACGCCUGCAGCUCCAGAAUCAGCGUCAUCAGCCCCAGAGAGGAUGACCAGUGAGAGAACAGUGGAGGUGCCUUCAGUGACAGAAGAGAAGAGUGUGGAGCCAGCCACCCCCUCAGAAGAAGCAAAGCCCGUAGCUGAAGUGGCUCCUGUCCCUGGGGAGCAACCAGAGCAGGCAGACUCGUCUCCUGGAGCUGACACCAGUAAAGAUGCCGCCGUGGCGCCCCUCACAGGCGAAGAUGGUCCACCCGCAGCCCCGCUGCCUUACCUGGAUACCAAGCCGCCGACUCCUGGCGCCUCAUUUUCCCAAGUAGAGAAUAAUGAGGAUCCGGAACCAGACAGUACCCAGCCACUGUCCAAACUGACUCAGAAGCCUGAGGACACCCACGAGCCAAAAGCAGAAAAGCCGGACGCAGCAGCAAAUGUUGUGGCUAAUACGAACCAAAAUGCUGAAGUUGCUCCUGAGGUGCAGCCUCAAGCUUCUGAAGGCGUAGUGGUUGAUCCUCCAGUUGCUGCAAAAGAUAAAAAGCCAAACAAAAGCAAGCGCUCCAAGGCCCCUGCUCAGGCAGCGGCAGCCAGUGUGGUGGAGAAGCCUGUCACGAGGAAGAGCGAGAGGAUAGACCGGGAGAAGCUCAAGCGGGCCGGCUCCCCCCGGGGAGAGGCACAGAAGCUGUUAGAACUGAAGAUGGAGGCGGAGAAGAUCACGAGGACUGCUUCUAGAAACGCUGCAGCCGACCCCGAGCACCCUGAGCCAAGUUUGCCCCUGAGCCGCACAAGGCGUCGGAACGUCAGGAGUGUCUAUGCCACCAUGGGUGACCACGACAGCCGCUCUCCAGCCAAAGAGCCUGUUGAACAACCGCGAGUGACCAGGAAGCGCCUGGAGCGAGAGCUUCAGGACGCCGCAGUGGUCCCCACCACGCCCCGCAGGGGAAGGCCUCCGAAGACGCGCCGCCGAGCCGAGGAGGACGAGGAGCACGAGGCCAAGGAACCCGCGGAGACUCCCAGGCCCGCUGAGGGGUGGAGGUCCCCGAGGUCACAAAAGUCAGCAGCAGCGGCCGGCCCCCAGGGGAAAAGGGGGAAGAGCGAGCCAAAAGCCGAUGCCGAGGCUGCCACCGAGGCGAGCCCCCAGGUGAACUCGAAAGAAAAUAACACCAAGGCCAAGGCUGAUAAAGAAGAAGCAGGAAGUGAACAGAAACGGGAUCGAAAAGAAAGCAACACGGACAGAAAUGUACCCGAGACGCCCCCAGUUGAAGUGGUGGAGAAAAAACCAGCCCCUGAGAAAAAUUCCAAGUCAAAGAGAGGAAGAUCUCGGAACUCUAGGUCAGCAGUGGACAGAGCUGCACAUUUGAAAACCCUGGACACGGCCGUCAGUCCUGCUGUGGCCGAGGGGGCUACAGUGCAGGCCGUGGACAGGGAAGCCGGAAUCGCGGCAGCCUCCCCCCAGAAAAGUGAGAAUCCCCAAAAGGAUAGUAGCUGCUCAUCCCAGCUGAAAAAUGAUCCAGUUGAAUCCAGCAAGGAACCGGAGAAGGAAGACGUGUCUGCCCCAGAAGCCACGCAGCUAGCCAAGCAGACGGAGCUCGAGCAGGCCGUGGAGAAUAUCGCAAAGCUCACCGAGACCUCGGCCAGUGCUUUCAAGGCGGCAGCCGCAGGUGCAUCCCAGGGCCCUGCUACAGAGGACAGGGACAAACCUGCACACCAGGCGAGCGAAACCGAACUGGCUGCAGCCAUUGGCUCCAUCAUCAAUGACAUUCCUGGGGAGCCAGAAAACUUCCCUGCACCUCCCCCUUACCCUGCAGAAUCUCAGGCAGACCUGCAGCCCCCAGAGCAGAGCAUGGAGCCCGAGACCCAUGAGGCCGUGUCUGGCAUCCUGGAGACAGAGGCCGCUACAGAGUCUUCAGGGCCACCAGCCAGCGCCCCUGACCCCUCAGCAAGCCCAGCAGAUGCAAAGGAAGGCAGAGGGAAUAGCAGUGAGCCCUCCCAACCGGAGCAGGAAGCCAAAGCGUCAAAGGAAGCAGAAGUUGCUCCCACUCGUAAGGACAAAGGGCGGCAGAAGACAACUCGAUCUCGCCGCAAGCGCAAUGCAAACAAGAAGGCAGGUGCUGCUGCGGAAACCCCUGCCCCCGAGCCGGCCCCCGCUCCAAGCAAGAGCCCUGCAGCGGAUGAGGGGACACCCGAACGCCCCCCAGAACCCCCACAGGAGGAAAAGCAGAGUGAAAAGCCUCAGUCCCCCCCUCCUCAGGCAUGUGCUUCCGACCCAAGCAAGACUCCACCUCCCGAGAGUCCGGCACAGGAAAGCAACAUUGAGGAGAAAACUCCAACCAAAGCGCCCGCGCCCCCAGACCUCCCGACCCCUGCCCAGCCAGCACCCGUGGAUGAGGAGGCGCAGGCCAGGUUCAAGGUACAUUCAAUCAUUGAAAGUGACCCAGUGACCCCGCCCAGCGACUCGAGCAUACCCCCACCCACAAUUCCCUCUGUGACUGUUGCAAAGCUUCCACCACCUCUUAUCACCUCUGGGGCCGUUCCAAACCAGAGUCCCCCUGCUAAGGUGACAGAAUGGAUCACAAGGCAGGAGGAGCCGCGGACUCAGUCCACGCCGUCUCCAGCUCUUCCCCCAGACACAAAGGCCUCUGACGUGGACACCAGUUCUAGUACGCUGAGGAAGAUCCUCAUGGACCCCAAAUAUGUGUCCGCUACAGGUGUCACUUCCACAAGUGUCACCACGGCCAUUGCAGAGCCUGUGAGUGCUGCCCCCUGCCUUCACGAGGCACCACCCCCUCCAGUUGAAUCUAAAAAGCCUCCUUUAGAAGAGAAACCAGCGGCCCCGGUAACAAACACCUCUGACACACAAGCCUUGGAGGCUCCCGUAGCCACCGACAAGGAAAAGGUGGCCCCAGUCAUUGCUCCUAAAAUCACAUCGGUCAUUAGCCGGAUGCCCGUCAGCAUUGAUUUGGAGAAUUCGCAAAAGAUAACGCUGGCCAAGCCCGCUCCUCAGACGCUGACCGGCCUGGUGAGCGCUCUGACCGGCCUGGUGAAUGUCUCUCUGGUCCCGGUGAAUGCCCUGAAAGGCCCUGUGAAGGGCUCGGUGGCCACGCUCAAAGGUCUGGUGAGCACCCCUGCAGGGCCUGUGAACGUCCUAAAGGGGCCUGUGAACGUCCUCACGGCGCCAGUGAACGUCCUCACCACUCCAGUGAACGCCACCGUGGGAACCGUGAACACUGCCACAGGUGCAGUGAAUGCAGCCACAGGCGCUGUGAAUGCCACUGCAGGGGCAGUGACUGUCACAGCGGGGACGGUGACUGCUGCAUCUGGUGGUGCAACUGCUACAACAGGCGCAGCGACCGUGACUGGUGCAGUGAUUGCGCCAUCAGCAAAGUGCAAACAGAGAUCGAGCAGUAAUGAAAACAGUCGGUUCCACCCUGGGUCCAUGUCUGUGAUUGACGACCGCCCGGCAGACACGGGCUCUGGCGCCGGGCUGCGUGUGAACACUUCGGAAGGCGUUGUGCUCCUGAGCUAUUCAGGGCAGAAGACUGAAGGGCCCCAGCGCAUCAGCGCCAAGAUUAGUCAGAUACCCCCGGCCAGUGCAAUGGACAUCGAAUUUCAGCAGUCAGUGUCAAAGUCCCAGGUCAAACCCGAUUCUGUUACACCAUCACAGUCUGCACCCAAAGGCCCUCAGGCUCCCUCAGGCUUUGCCAACGUGGCCACCCACUCCACCCUGGUCCUGACGGCCCAGACAUACAAUGCCUCCCCUGUGAUUUCAUCUGUUAAGGCUGACCGUCCAUCACUGGAGAAGCCAGAGCCCAUUCACCUCUCUGUGUCCACACCUGUCACUCAGGGUGGCACAGUGAAGGUUCUCACCCAGGGCAUAAACACCCCCCCAGUGCUGGUUCACAACCAGCUGGUCCUCACCCCGAGCAUAGUCACCACUAAUAAAAAACUUGCCGACCCCGUCACCCUCAAAAUAGAGACCAAGGUCCUUCAGCCAGCCAAUCUGGGGUCCACUCUGACACCCCACCAUCCUCCUGCUUUGCCUAGCAAACUGCCUGCAGAAGUGAACCACAUCACCUCAGGGCCCAGCACCCCGACAGAUCGAACUGUCUCCCACUUGGCAGCCACAAAGCCAGACGCACAUUCUCCUCGACCCAGUGGGCCCACACCGUCCCCGUUCCCAAGGGCGUGCCACCCCAACAGCACCACCUCCACAGCGCUCUCAACCAAUGCCACGGUCAUGCUGGCCGCAGGCAUCCCAGUGCCGCAGUUCAUCUCCAGCAUACACCCGGAGCAGUCUGUCAUCAUGCCACCACACAGCAUCACCCAGACUGUGUCCCUGGGACACUUGUCCCAGGGGGAGGUGAGGAUGAACACACCCACGCUGCCCAGCAUCACCUAUAGCAUCCGGCCGGAGACGCUGCACUCUCCUCGGGCCCCCCUGCAGCCCCAACAGAUAGAAGUCAGGGCCCCGCAGCGUGCCGGCACUCCGCAGCCAGCCACGGCCGGGGUGCCUGCCCUGGCCCCCCAGCACCCUCCUGAGGAGGAGGUGCACUACCACCUCCCUGUGGCUCGAGCCGCGGCCCCUGUACAGUCAGAGGUGCUGGUCAUGCAGUCCGAGUACCGGCUGCACCCGUACACAGUGCCCCGCGACGUGAGGAUCAUGGUGCACCCACACGUGACGGCCGUCAGCGAGCAACCCAGACCUGCAGAGGGGGUCGUGAAGGUGCCACCAGCCAGCAAGGCCCCUCAGCAAAUGGGGAAAGAGACUGCCAAGACCCCAGAUGCCAAGACCACACCUGCCCCCGCCCCUGCCCCUCCUCACAGCGAGGCCCGCAUCCUCACGGUCACCCCCAGCAACCAACUCCAAGGGCUGCCUCUGACCCCACCUGUGGUGGUGACCCAUGGGGUGCAGAUAGUGCACUCCAGUGGAGAGUUGUUCCAGGAGUACAGAUACGGGGACAUCCGGACCUACCACGCUCCGGCCCAGCUCACACACACUCAGUUUCCUGCUGCUUCCUCAAUUGGGCUCCCAACUCGGACCAAGACUCCCGCCCAGGGCCCUCCUGAAGGUGAGGCCUUGCAGUCCACGCAGCCUGCACAGUCUACGCAGCCUGCCCAGCCAGUGCAGCCCUCGCAGCCUGCCCCUCCUGUGCCACCAUGCCAGCCCUCCCCGCUCAGCCAGCCUGGCCAGCCACCAACUAGCAAGAUGCCUCAGGUCUCCCAAGAGGCAAAGGGGACCCAGACAGGAGGACUUGAGCAGCCUCGCCUCCAAACUGUCCCUGCCAGCAGGCCACCUGAGCCCCAUGCCCAGGUUCAGAGGGCACAGGUGGAAGCCAGCCAGACGUCCUACCCGUCCCCUGUGUCUGUCUCCAUGAAGCCUGAUCUCCCAGCCCCUCUUCCCUCUCAGGCUGCCCCAAAGCAGCCGUUGUUUGUUCCUACAACCUCGGGCCCCAGCACCCCACCAGGGCUUCCUCUGCCACACACUGAAGCCCAGCCAGCAUCCAAGCAAGAUUCCUCUCCACACUUGACUUCCCAGAGGCCUGUGGAUAUGGUCCAGCUUCUGAAGAAGUAUCCCAUCGUGUGGCAAGGCCUGCUGGCCCUCAAGAACGACACGGCUGCCGUGCAGCUCCACUUCGUCUCUGGCAACAACGUCCUGGCCCACCGGAGCCUCCCCCUGUCUGAAGGAGGCCCCCCCCUGAGGAUCGCCCAGAGAAUGCGGCUAGAAGCCUCACAGCUGGAGGGGGUUGCCCGAAGAAUGACGGUGGAGACUGAUUACUGUCUGCUGCUGGCUCUGCCCUGUGGUCGUGACCAAGAGGAUGUGGUGAGCCAGACCGAGUCCCUUAAGGCUGCUUUCAUCACUUACCUACAGGCCAAGCAGGCAGCUGGGAUCAUCAACGUCCCCAAUCCUGGCUCCAAUCAGCCCGCCUAUGUGCUACAGAUCUUCCCACCCUGCGAGUUCUCCGAGAGCCACCUGUCCCGCCUGGCCCCUGACCUCCUUGCCAGCAUCUCCAACAUCUCUCCCCACCUCAUGAUUGUCAUUGCCUCUGUGUGAGCCGCGGAUGGUCAUCACCUCAGGGCAUUUUCCCAAGGCUCUGCUGCAAAAAAUGAACACCAGACAACUCAGCCAGGCGGAGGAGAAGCUGCGGAGGGACAGACGCCAUCCUCCCGUGCCCGGGCGCCUGCCCAGCUCCGUGGGACAGACCUCUGGGCGGUGGUGCUGCUACCUUGUAUGUUUACAGGACGCUUUUGUCCAGGACAGACCACCGACCGACAGACUUGCAGACACCUUGGGGCUGUUUCUCUCCUUUUUUUUUUUUUUAGAGAAAAGGAACAGGGCAGUAGAAUUCCUUUUUUUGUUGUUUUGUUUUUAAGAAACAAGAAAAACAGAACUGCCUUUGCACUAAAUUAGUGACUUGGACUUCUGCACAGUGAGACAGGCUGUGACGCUCUGGACAUGUGGUGUGUGAACACACAUCGCGGACUCUCCUGCAGGACUCAGACUUCUGCUGAAACCUUGGGGUCAAGGAACAUUUCACUGGGUUUUUUUGCCCCACCACACCUCCCUUCCCCAGCUCAUCGGACGUGUCGCCUUUCUUAAUUCUCCUGCUGCCACCACCUUUGACUCACCGGGGUGCACGGUUCACAGUCGAACAAGAGCAAACAGAAGGAUUUUCUUCCUUGGUGGGAUAUGCAGAACUCGGAUGUGUGUAUAUAUAAAUAUAUAAUAUAUAUAAAUAUAUAUAAUACUGACUUUAAAAAAUCAAAAUUCCCCGACAUACAUUUUUUUUAAUCUGUGCCAAAAAUGUGUUUUCAGAGAAAAUCUUAUUUUCAUACUCAGACUUUGUAUUGUCACUCAUUUGUAUAAGUGCGCUUCAGUACAGCACGGGCCCCGCUCCCGCGACAUGGAAGUGUCACACAGCACCUGUACAAAGACUGGCCAGUCCCCUCCUCCUGUGACCCGGGCCUCUCCCCAACUUCCUAACACUUAUUAAUUUAUGAAACUGUUUUUCUCAGCGCAGUUUUGUUUUGUGUGUCCAUUGGAUUACAAACUUUAUUAAAAAAUACAAAACACC